UUUUCUGAGGAAGAAGAGAUUCAAAGUUAUGUAGAGGCAACAAAGCUUUCUAAUAAUAUUUUUGGCAGGCUGUUAAAGAUGAAACAAGAAAAGAUACAGGCCCUGAGAGAGUGGUGGUAGCCCUUGGGACGCCAGCCAGAUGUUGGUGCCCACAAAUCGGGGAAGACAAUGGCCUUUACUGUUGCCAUUUACAAUGCUGGGCAGCUCAUUAAUCAUCAACUAAAAUGAUUUCACUUUCAGGGUCUAGGCAGGUCAGGGCUGGAGUUGGGGAGGGCUGUGGCAGGAGGCCUGGCUUCCAGGCCGGGAAAGUGUCCCAGAGACCCACUAGACGGGGCCCCUCCCCUCCCCUCCCUCAGGGUGAAGGGCACCAGGAGUCGGAGCGGGGGUGGAGGUGAGGUGGGUGCGUCACCCUUGUUUUCCGGGCUGUCAGUCUCCCAGCGUCCCCAGCUUUCCAGGUAGGGACGCCCCCUCCCACGCAGCACGGUUCCGGCGGGUGGAAAGGAGGGGCUGGGCUCCCAGCGCCCGCCCCUCUAUCCAUCACAUGGCCGGAGAGUCACAAAAACAACAGCUUUGGCCAAGACCGUGACUUCAGGAAAGGGAACCCGGGGCUCUCGCAGCCAGCCCUCCUGCCCAUGGAGGACAGUUUCCUUCAAUCUUUUGGGAGGCUGAGCCUCCAGCAGCAGCAACAGCAGCAGCAGCAGCAGCGGCAGCGGCCGCCCCGGCCGCCCCCGCGGGGGACACCUCCGCGCCGCCACAGCUUUAGGAAACACCUCUACCUCCUGCGAGGCCUCCCGGGCUCCGGGAAAACUACACUGGCCAGAUGCUCAGAAUGGAGCAGUGGACAAAGGAGACAAAAAUCCCUGCCUUCAUGGAACAUGUAUUCUAUCAGAGAAAAAAAAUUCUCAAGGAAAAAAGACAAUUUUAGCAUCUGCUCUGCUCUGUUCUCUCAAAAAAUAAGCAAAGGAUUUCAUAGGUAUGCCACUGGAGCUAUAUAUCCCCAAGAAAUGUCCACAUACGCACAACAGUGUUCUAGGUACUUGGGAAUCAUCAGUGAACAAAACAAAGAUCCUGCCCUUGUGGACAUUAUGUGCCAGAGACAAUUGCAGCAUGACUUUCCCAGGGCCCUGAUUUUCAGCACGGAUGAUUUUUUCUUCAGGGAAGAUGGUGCCUAUGAGUUCAAUCCUGACUUCCUGGAGGAAGCUCAUGAAUGGAACCAAAAAAGAGCAAGAAAAGCAAUGAGGAAUGGCAUAUCCCCCAUUAUUAUUGAUAAUACCAACCUCCACGCCUGGGAAAUGAAGCCCUAUGCAGUCAUGGCACUUGAAAAUAACUAUGAAGUUAUAUUCCGAGAACCUGACACUCGCUGGAAAUUCAACGUUCAAGAGUUAGCAAGAAGAAACAUUCAUGGUGUCUCAAGAGAAAAAAUCCACCGAAUGAAAGAACGGUAUGAACACGAUGUUACCUUUCACAGUGUGCUUCAUGCAGAAAAACCAAGCAGAAUGAACAGAAACCAGGACAGGAAUAACGCACUGCCUUCCAACAAUGCCAGAUACUGGAAUUCCUACACAGAGUUUCCAAACCGGAGGGCCCACGGUGGAUUUACAAAUGAGAGCUCCUAUAACAGAAGGGGCGGUUGUCACCAUGGAUAUUAGAGGCCUACCUUACAGCCAUGCAGAAUUUUCUGAAGUCAGUUUCUACUUCAAUUUUUGUUAUUCUUUGUUGCAUUUUAGUCAGAGCUCCAAUUCCAGUGUUAAAUAGC